AACUCUACUCUCACUGAGGAGCUAGGGAAUGUCAGUCUGCUACGGGGUGCCUACAACAGCUGGGUUGCAGCCAAUGUGGAGGCACCAUGAACGGGGAUGGAGGAAGCAGAAACGGUGUGUGGAGGUAUCCAAUCUGGGCUAGCAGCUAAACCACAUGAGCCAGCUGUUCGCACCAUUGUGUUAGCCAUCGUAUGAACAACAAAAUGGAUUACAUUUGACUUCUCAGCUUUACCCUUAAGACAGGGAAAGUGCUGUAAUUUUGUAGUUGUGGAUACAUGGCUUAAGAGUAGUGUCAUUGAGUUCGACCAGCUAGCAUGCUACUGAGCGGACAGAACUCUUUUGGGAGUUUUUGACCUCAUUACACUUGACCAACUGACUGAGUGGGAGUGCCCGUCAAUAUGCGUUCCAGUCUGGAUGGACAAUUCAGCCCCCACAGCAGAGGACAUACAAAUGACAAUAAUAAUAACAACAACAACAACAACAGCAGCAGCAUCAAUGAGAACAGUGGAAAUUCUGGUUCCCAGUAUGCACUCUGCGCACUGGGUGUUGGACUCGUGGCCCUUGGCAUUGUCAUGAUUGUAUGGAGCGUGGUGCCUGCAGGCCCAACUGGUAACAACAAUAGUGGAGGAGAUGGUGAUUCUUCUGGAAACAGGAAAAGUAAAGCUUCCUCCGUGGCCUUUGUCCUGGUGGGCUCGGGGGUGGUCAUGCUGCUGUUGUCGUUGUGUCUGGGAAUGAGGAACAAACAGCGGGAGCAGCAGAGGCUCCAGGAGGCCCAGAAUCACAGAGGUGUGACAGCCAGGGAGAAUGGGGACGUAGAAAUUGCCGAGCAAGACACCGAGCGCUAUAACGUGCCCACCUAUGAAGAGGCAGUGGGUAGUGGCCAAUACCCUGUCCGUCAGAGUAACCUUCAGCCCAGCUCCUCCCAGCUCCCCUCAUACGAUGACUUGGUCCAAGUUGAUGGGGUGUAUUAUGAAUUUGAAGGUUCAGAAGUUACAGAUCCUGGAUCCCAGCCUGCCCUCGCUACUGGCCCAGUGACUGUUGUUGCUUCCGCGUCAAAUCGAAAACCUGGUAAAAGUGGCCGAAAGCUCCUUCCCAUCAAAAUCCGCCGGAUCAAGUCGGAGAAAAUACCCAAUUCUCAAUCGACAGCUGGAGUCAGUAUAGAACCUCUCACCCCGCCACCACAGUAUGAGGACAAGGUACCCCCCCUCUGACGAUGACCUUCAAACCAGCACAUUUCCUAGAAUCGUCCAUCAGAACCAGAUCAGGACUUGCCUUGAUGAACUUAUUCAAUGCAGUCCCCAUAGCAUCUUCUUGUCAGUUCCAAAGAACUAUGCCUUUUACAGAAAAACUUGCACUUCAACUUUUAACCAUAUGACACUGAGGUGGACAUGUACACACCAAAUAUCAUCUUCCGUCAUGCCAAAGUAUAUUCAUUUUGAUGGGCGGGAUCAUGAAAUUUCACUGGGGUUUAUUUGUGUGCACAUGAGGACCAGGACCAGUUGUUCAAGCCACUUUCACUGAAUUUAGCCUCCAGAAUGGACAACACUGGGUGCUGCAGGCUUGCUUGACCCCUUCUACCACAAUUGUUAACACCCACACCCGGAGUAACUUUGAUGUCCUCACUUUUUGAGCUUUGCAACAAAGACAAAACACCUUUGAUUAAUGUUGGUUUCUGUUCGAGCAGUAUCUUACUGUAUCUCACAAAUCAUUUCAUUACUUAUGGCCAACAUGCCUUGAUUGAAGAAACUGUACUGACAUUAGCAACAGUAUUAAAGUGGAACUGUAGUUUUUCAGUAAUGUGAAUAUCAUCACUGUGCCAGUGUGACCAACAAUCUUACAUUCAAACAUGAUGAUGCGCAUUCCCAAAUUCCACUUCAUAACGGGAAAGGCGUUAGCUUUUUAUGUUAGCUAUACUAUCAUAACAAUUGGAUGAUGCCUGGUGGGAUACAAUUGUGCUCAUUUGUGGCAGUGCCUUUCUCCUUUUUUGUUACAAUGGAGGAGGCAAAAAAAUAGAUAUUUUCUAUGGUAAUACUGAAUAUUAUACUCAGUGUCCAGUGCAGUAUUUUUACAUAUAAAAUGUGACUGCAUUUCCUUGCAAUCUCCUUUGUUGACAUUUGACUAAAAUUCCCUUGAACCACAUACACACACCAAGUGUUGAAAUUUGAAUGCAUUUUUAUAUUUAUACAUUUUAUAUUUUAGGAUUUGACAAUGUUGAGAAUGCUUUUUUUUGGCGUGUUUAAAGACAUAUGAUGACCCUACAGUUAACUUGUCACCAUUAAAAAUAGUUAACUUCUUCCAAAGAUUAUCAUUUUUACCCCAUGUACUCGUUAGGUAUGCAAGUUGUCUUAUCUCCCCAGUUUGCAAUUUGACUGCCCCUACCUCACUAGUUACUACAACCGAUUUCUGCUGUGCCCAAUUGAGUUGUUUUCUUGGCAUCCUGUAGGGAAUGAGGUCAACAAGGGAACAAUAGAAGCUUGUGAAAAGCCCAGGACCUUCACGCGGUCGUCAUGGGAAUAGUACUCAAGCUACGAAAGAAGCUACAUAGACUCCAAACCAUUGGAGGCCUUUUUUUUUUAAGUUCAAGAUCACCAACAGAGAGUCUCUUUGAGUGUGCAGCUGCACUGUUCUCACAGCAAGUCUUGCUCAUCAACCACAGCUUGACUCACAGCUCUGUUUUCACCUCCGAGUAUGCUGACAGUGAGCCACACACUACAAGUCUCCAUCCAGGGGCAAAUGUUUCUAUUAGCAUACACAUACCAAUACCUGCCAAAUGUAGGAUGAGAAUAACACACACAAUAAAUGGAUUGAACGUCGUAAGGGUCCUCUUGCCUUGGAAUCAAGUGGUUUAGUUAACAGGAAAAUAAAAAUAAAUGAUAGAUCACAAGCAGUUGUUCCAAGCAACAACAGUCAUUUAGUCAUGAACAUCUCCAGCAGUAACCUUUCUGUGUUGUAUUAACUUUGUUUCUGGUCAUGAAGUACCUCAUUUGCUUGCAAGAUUUUACAUUCUACAAAUGAAAUAUCAUUUCACGUCCAUUAUUAUUAAUAAUGUUUCUCGCUGACCAAUGAGAAUUCUAGAAAAAGUUCUGUUUUUUCCAUUGCAUGGACAGGUGCAUGCUGUUUGUGAUCCUUUUGUUAUGCAUUGUGAAAAUAUAAAGGUAAAAAUGCCUUUUGACCCAUGUAAACUGAAAGCAAAUUUAUUUUGGUACUAUUAAGUGGGAAUAAAAAGAGAUUUCGGACA